GUGGAGGCGGUGCGGGGCUGCCUGGGUUUUUUUUUCUUCUGUAAUCGCUUCCCUGCCGCGGCUCCCUCCAGUUAAAUAGCUGGGACACGGGAGCGAGCAGACGGCCGUGUGAGGGAUAUACUUUUUUUUUUCCCGGUUACCGUGGGAUUACGACGCGGAAUUGCAGCAUCGACGGCCAGCCGCCAGGGGCCCACGAUGUCCAGCGAAGUGCAGAGACCGGACGACAGCCCCAGCACCAGCGGGGGGAGCUCGGAUAUCGAACAAAGGGAAUCGGCGCCGCCGGAACAUGAGCGCGAGCAAGCGCAGCCCAAAAAGAAGGAGACCAAGAUCUCCAGUAAAACCGCCGCUAAACUUUCAACUAGUGCCAAGAGGAUUCAGAAAGAGCUGGCAGAAAUAACGCUCGACCCACCUCCAAACUGCAGCGCCGGCCCCAAAGGGGACAACAUCUAUGAGUGGAGGUCGACCAUCCUGGGACCCCCGGGCUCCGUGUACGAGGGAGGCGUCUUCUUCCUGGACAUCGCCUUCACCCCCGACUACCCCUUCAAACCCCCCAAGGUGACCUUUCGCACCAGGAUCUACCACUGCAACAUCAACAGCCAGGGCGUGAUCUGCCUGGACAUCCUGAAGGACAACUGGAGCCCCGCCCUCACCAUCUCCAAGGUGCUGCUGUCCAUCUGCUCCCUGCUCACAGACUGUAACCCAGCCGACCCUCUGGUGGGAAGCAUCGCCACACAGUACCUGACCAACAGAACGGAGCAUGACCGAAUAGCCAAACAAUGGACGAAGAGAUACGCCACAUAGACCACCAGCCCCACCCCCACCCUCCCCUUUCUUUACCUCCCUCGCCCGCCACUGUACCUCUCUCUACCUCUUUCUCUCUGUCUCUCUCUCUCUCUCACACCCGUAAGGCCUUCACACAACGGGGGCGUGACAAACAAACCACACAGUAAUACAAAUAUUUUGCCAGCUAUCCGGAUCUUCUUGAUCAUCGAGCUAUUGUCUUUCCGUUGCGUAGCCUACACCACUGUAAGCUGUCUUUGAGUUUCCUUUUUAAGCGUCAUUCUUUGAGUGAAUUUUCGUUCCCUCGGGUGAACAAUUGCGGUGUAUAUACUGAGGGCUUUUAUUGUGAAAGGCGAGGAGAGGAGGAGCGGAUCUGGUCGGGCCUUUGUCGAGGUUGAAAGGCGUAACGGCGUGCGCUGUCGGGGGUGAGGGCGGUCUGACUAUGGAGCCUCUGUGUUUCACAACCCGUUCCAGGGAAAGAACAUUGCGAUGCGUCUUUUUGCCGCUUAAUAAUGGCGUUCUGUGUGAAAGCACUCGCCGACUGUUCGGGAAAAAUGUUUGUGCCCCCAGUGUGUUGAGGCCUUUAGUCUGUCAAAGCACACUCACUAAGUGCAACAGUAAACCUGCCUUUAUAUCACCUUCCUCCUCCUCUUCCUCCUCCUGCUUAAUAUUUUAUCUUUUUCUGUGUUUAAAAAAAAAAUGAAUGAAGACAAAAAAAAAAGUAUUUUGUUCCCUGUUGACUUGAAAGCUUCUUUUUUUUUUUAUACAGAGUAGAUUUGGAUUUUUUUUUUCCAAUGUUGGAAGUAUUGUAUUAAGAAGAAAAAAAACCCAGAAUAUUAUAAAUACCAUACGCAUUGUGCUCCUGCUAUACAGUAUGUAUUCUCAUUUUUCUUAGUGGCACCUGGAACAAACAUGCAGAAUAUUAUUACUCGUUUGUUUUUGUUUUUUUUUGUAUUUUGUCAUCAAUGUGUAUGGAACAGGAAGCUUCGCGUCAAUGGAUCCUUCAUGCUUUUUAAACUUCCUCUGAUUUUGUUUGUACUGUAUGUAUUUUUUCAAAGGCUUUUGAGGCAGACCACAAAAGUAUAGGUCUCCCUGUGAAAGAGGCAGGUCUUGUAUAUUUACUGGCUACCCGCCAUCUCUGCAAUUGUAGAGUGGUUUGUUGUGCACUUGUAUUACUGAAGCACCCAAUAAAACACACUGUGGUUGGCUUGUGAGAAAAAGAAAAAAAAAAAAAA